CCUGCACCCUUGCAGAGCUUACUUGGCCAUCUUCCUAGCCACCUCGAGCAGCUUAAUAAGCUAGAUCAGCUACCUUCUUCCUCUGUCUGCCCACGCCAUCCUUAGCGCCAGCUACCCUGCGUCCCUGCCCGCUGCAUUCAUUGUAGCCAGCCUCCGAGCUUCUGAUCCCCGCAAACCCGGCCGGGAAACACAGAUGGCAGGCAAGCCAGAGCUUCUGUCGAGGAUGGCCGCCGGCGACGGCCACGGAGAGAACUCGUCCUACUUCGACGGGUGGAAGGCCUACGACGAGAACCCCUUCGACCUGCACCACAACCGCGGGGGCGUCAUCCAGAUGGGCCUCGCCGAGAACCAACUCUCGCUGGACCUGAUCGAGGAGUGGAGCAAGGCCCACCCGGAGGCGUCCAUCUGCACGGUGGAGGGCGCCUCGCAGUUCAAGCGGAUCGCCAAUUUCCAGGACUACCAUGGCCUCCCGGAGUUCAGACAGGCAAUGGCCCAGUUCAUGGGGCAGGUGAGGGGCUGGAAGGCGACAUUUGACCCCGACCGCGUCGUGAUGAGCGGCGGCGCCACCGGAGCCCAGGAGACGCUCGCCUUCUGCCUCGCCAACCCCGGCGAGGCAUUCCUCGUGCCCACGCCAUACUACCCAGGAUUCGACCGCGACUGCUGCUGGAGAUCAGGAAUCAAGCUGCUGCCGAUCGAGUGCCACAGCUCCAACGACUUCCGGCUCACCAAGGAGGCGCUGGUGACCGCCUACGAGCGCGCGCGGAGCGACGGCAUCAUCGUCAAGGGGAUCCUCAUCACCAACCCUUCCAACCCGCUCGGCACCACCACGGACCGGGCGACGCUGGCCAUGCUGGCGACCUUCGCGACGGAGCACCGCGUGCACCUGAUCUGCGACGAGAUCUACGCGGGCUCCGUCUUCGCCAAGCCGGAGUUCGUGAGCAUCGCCGAGGUGAUCGAACACGACGUGCCCGGCGCCGACAGGGACCUCAUCCACAUCGCCUACAGCCUCUCCAAGGACUUCGGACUCCCCGGGUUCCGGGUCGGCAUCGUCUACUCGUUCAACGACGCCGUCGUGGCCUGCGCGCGCAAGAUGUCCAGCUUCGGGCUGGUGUCCUCGCAGACGCAGCACUUCCUGGCCAAGAUGCUCGGGGACGAGGAGUUCAUGGCGAUGUUCCUGCGCGAGAGCGCGGCAAGGCUGGCGGCGAGGAACGAGCGGUUCACGGCGGGGCUCCGGGAGGUGGGCAUCGGGUGCCUGCGCAGCAACGCCGGGCUCUUCUCGUGGAUGGACCUGCGCGGGAUGCUCCGCGGCGGGGAGAAGACGGCGGAGGCGGAGCUGGAGCUGUGGCGCGUCAUCGUGCGCAAGGUCAAGCUCAACGUGUCGCCGGGGACGUCCUUCCACUGCCGGGAGCCCGGGUGGUUCCGGGUGUGCCACGCCAACAUGGACGACGAGACCAUGGAGGUGGCGCUGGACCGGAUCCGGGUCUUCGUGCGCCAGCACCAGCGCCAGCAGGCCAAGGCUCAGCGCUGGGCCGCCAAGGGGCAACUCCACCUCAGCCUGCAGCGCCACGCCGGCAUAGCUUCGCAGUACCAUGCUCUCUCCAGCCCCAUGGCGGCGCUGCUGUCUCCACGCUCACCGCUGGUCCACGCCGCCAGCUAAGCCCAGUACGGUACGGUACGGAAACUACAAAGUGGCCGUACGUACAGCUGCACGUACGUACGGUCUUUUUUUCGAUCGCAUGGAUGCUGCACGCAUGGGCAUGGCCUUGGUGCCUUCCUCUGGUGCAUGUAUACAUGUGAUCGUUCGGAAAGGUUUAGACAUGCAAUGUGGCAUGCACCUAUAGCUAGCUAACGUUUUAUCAAGGUUACGUUGCAUUGGCGCCAAACGUUGGUAAGCCU